UAAGUGUUGGAAGAAUAAUCUUGCCUCUCAAGGGACCAACAUAUUUGUGACGCCAUCUGUCACGCGUCGGACCCUGUUUCGUUCUGAGUAGCGGAGGAGAACAUCAUGGCUGCGUUGGUACAGACAAUUCCUCAGCAAAGUGGCACGGUUACUGUGCUCCAAACUCGACCAUCAUCUUCCUCGGGCGCAUUCGCACCUUCUUCGCCCCUCUCGCAAUCUCAAAAUCCGCGGAAUUCGACUAUGUCCUGGAAUCCUUACAAUACAACGGGUAAUUCAGCGACAUACAGGACAGGCCACCAGGCUGUGGCCCCCUACCAAUUCAACAGCACUCCCAACCUCUCCAAUUCAACGAGCAUGCACAAUCGUCAGUCGGGUUCUCCUCACUUGAGACCCGAGCAUCGUACCUCUUCUGCUCCUUCCGCACCCCAAUUAUCCGCAAGUCCUGCCCACGGCGGACUCAACUCGCGCUUUUCCUAUCACCCUGCAGCUGGUUCUGUAUCCUCAUCCUCCAACUCCUCUGUUCAGUCCUACAUGUCGAAAGACGACUCCGCCAUCCCAUCUCGGCAGCUUCGUGCUGAGCCUCCUUUACGUCCAUUGUCGACGGUCAACAUCCCCUCCUCGAACUUCAUGAACAUAUCUUCUCCCACCGUUGCUCGGCCCUCUCCCGAUCGGUAUCGACGCGGAAAUCGGCGUCCUGACAGUGCCGCGGGGCUCCCGUCUCCGCUACCACAAACGAACGCACCUGGGUCGGUACGGACUGCGCCAGCCACGAUGGAUGAUAGCCUUCUCCAACCCAGCACACCCGGCACACCCGGCUCUCCAGGGUCAACCGGUUCUGUUUCCGAUGGCGCUCGCCGCCCUGGUCACGUUCGAGCGCCCAGUGCAGACGACACUUCACGUGCGGACAAGCCUCAAACGGAAUUGGCCAAGCGGUACCGUCGCCGAAGCUGGGGUACUAUUGAUAACGCCGGUCUCAUCAACAUGCAACUUCACCUGCCUACAUCAUCGCCGAUCCCAUCGACAGGUGGCCAUGACUACUUCGAUCAGAACCACCGACCCCGAUCGGCUCAAUCUAAUCGAGAUGUUCAAGGAAGCAUUCCCUCUGCGCCCUCCUCUACAUCCUCCGUGCGCGAUGCAGGACACAUCGAAAACGCAAACCCGUCGAGUCGAGGCCCCAGCAAACCAGAGGAAAGCAAGCGAACCAGCAAGCCCUCACCCCUUUCUCAGCCGGUUGAUGUCGAUUCGAAGCCUUCCUCUCCUAAACCCCCGCAGUCUACUCCAAGUCCCAAACCUACCGCAGCUGCAAAUCCUCCUCCAGAACGACUAUCAGAGUUGGCGAAGAACGAUCUGAAACGUCCGGGUAAGUCCAGGUUGAGAAGGGCUUUCUCGUUUGGCAGUGCUUCUGAGCUCCGCAAGGCGUCGAACAAAAAAGAGGUCAUUGCUACUGAAAGGGCUCGGCGGGAAUUGCUACAGGAGGAGCUGGGCCCCGAGCAGGCGGCGAUUGCUGAGCAGCAGGAGGCAAGUGGACUGGGCGAGAGCAUUUAUUCGUCCCACCACCAAGGCCGUAUCUUCAACAGUUCUACCGACAACCUGUCCGUCUCGUCGACCGCGUCUUCCGCAUCGAUCAUGCUGCGAAAGAUGGGCAAAGGGAUGAAACGAUCGACGCGGUCUCUCGUCGGCUUGUUUCGCCCCAAGUCAAUCAUGAGCACAUCGUCCACGGAUGCUGUGAUCACCGAGCCAAUGGCGCCGCAACUGUCUGUGGUCAAUAUCGAAGCCGAGCGUAAGAGUGGAACUGUUAACGCGGACGCUCGCGAUCUACCCCACGGGGGUACGGCGUUUCCUAAAUUGGAGUCGAUUGGAUCAAGUGCCGCAGGUCAUGAUGAUGGCGGCCUUGACAAGGGCCAGUCGCGGAAGAGCAUUGUUGGAGGAGACAAAGAGCGAGCGGAAGUCCUGGCAGCAGUCCGGAAAGGCAUUCUCAAAAAGACAAACUCGGAUACCAAUGUCCCUACAACUUCCACCAAGUCUUUUGAGAACUCUCAAGUGAUCAACAACAGCGACUCGCCGCAUUCUAGUGUUCCUAGCACACCGGAGGACCCGACGCGGUCUGGCAACCGCCGUUCCGACGCAAUCAAAAUUGCCGGCGAAGAUGACUAUCUCUCCGAUAGCCGGUUCCUGGGGUCUGAGGCCAAAAGCGCCCCCGUCACGCCGCUUUCCAAGAGCCUUGUUUUCAGUCCCCGUAUCCAGUUUCAUGAGACGUGGCCCAGUGGGGAGUAUGAUCGACGGGGUGACAUUGCCACUUGCAAUCGCCUGACGCCCCUGCUCGCCCAGCAGAUCAAGGAGGAGCUCAACAACUUCAAAAUGGAGAUGGAAGUCCAUGAAACGUCGAAAAUCUAUACCCACUUCCUCUGAGUCGCUGCAUUUAUGAAAGGCGUUUUAACUGCGUGUCUUGUCUUAUUUAAUCUCGCGAGGAGUGUUGGAUCGAUCUAUGACGGCAUGGUACCCCUUGGUAUCUUGUAG